ACGUCAUAACAAUGAUGAUGAUAUGACAAUGAAGAGUUUGGUUGGAAUCAUGUGGAUUGUGCUAGUACUUGUAUCAGGUUGUUCCGGAAAUCCGGAUGCAAAGCGUCUUUAUGAUGAUCUAUUAAGUAAUUAUAAUAAAUUAGUGCGACCAGUUGUAAAUGUGUCAGACGCUUUAACUGUUAAAAUUAAAUUAAAAUUAUCACAAUUAAUUGAUGUUAAUCUGUUUGAAAAUGAAUUGAAAACACUAUGG